AUGUCGUCUACUCAUCUCGCAAUUAGAAGUGAUCUCGCUUCAAAUAGGUGUCCCUUAAAAGUUUCUCUUGUGGGCGUUGCUCAAGGUUCACCAAAGGAGAUUAAUAGUGAAAAUGCAGUAGUUAAUGUAUUGGUUAAUGAUUACGCUGGUCAGUCAAUUCUUUUUGUAGUGGGGCAAAUAGAAAUUAUUGAUAAGGAUUUAUAUGUGUAUGCUGCUGAUAUUUCCUUUGUUGAUAUUAGUCCUGCAGCUAAGAAGAAGGUUUUUGCUUUUGAAAGUUUACCAGCAGUGUAUAGGUCGGUUAGUUCUCGACUUUUAACUGUACAUCAGAGUAUUAAUGAAAAGUCGUUUAAUACUUCUGAGAUAAAAAAUAUUGAUCUCAGUAAAGAAAAAAGUAAGUGUGAAGAUAGUUCGACAUCUGAAGAUUUUCAUGUAAUGAAGCGUACAAGAUUAGAAGAUGAAAAUGUUGAUUAUUCUGGAUAUGUUGAAUUUGUUAAUAAUAUAAAAAUGAUGUAUAAUUAUGGGAGUUCUGGAUGCAGUUCUGAAGGUUCCUUUAAGGGUAAAGAUAAGGCGUUUCAGUCUGUAGUUCACAAUACUAGACAACGUUCUAAAUUGUCUAAAAAUAGUAAUAGUAAUGACGAAAAGGUUUAG